AUGAUCUGGUCUAUAAGUCAAUGUUGCGUGCUCCGUCCUAUACCCCAAUCGCGAGGUACAUUCACGAGAAUGUGGAGUGUGCUAUUAUUUGGCAGUAUUGGAAUCGGUCCUGAUGCGCAAGGUAGUUGUUCGACAGUUAUACCAGCCAAUCAAUUGGUCGGACAAGUAAUUAGACUGAUAUUAACAUGCAGUGAUAUGAGAGAAGCAUUUUUUGAUUUUCAAUCUCUAUUGGGUGAUUCACAUGCGCCCUCAGAUCCUAUGAAAGGCUUUCUUGCCUUCGAUGCCCAUGUUACAGACUGCGGAUGCCACUUAAGGGCACAAAUGUUGCAAGAUCUCAUAAUGCACUUCAAAAAUGUAGCCAAAGUUGAAAUUGAAAUUUUCCAAGUUAUGAUAAAAAAUCUAGAGCAGCUGGAAAAUGAAUGCAUCUCGCUUAUAAAUCGUCUCUGCUGGAACAAUUCAGAUCCUUCAAAAAUUGGUUUACCAAGAACGAUUAAAGAACCCACUGAGCUUCUCAAAUUUUUAAACUGGAAGGGCAAGGAAAUCAACACUUUUCUUGGGGAGACUGACUGUCACAAUAGGCCAUCGGAGAGAACUGGUUACUGCGAAAGAUCCUGGAGCGCUAAAAGCUCAAGAAUGAUACUAGAGUUUGUUUUCUGUUCACAUUUUCUUUCUAAGCAUAAAAUUUACAAUAAAAGAGAUAAAGUGGACAGUGUUACUAUUAAUUUCGAGGGUGCAUUUGAAAAAAGAUUGGAGCUGGCAAACAGGCAUCAUUGCAAUGGCCAAGGAAAGUUUGGCAGUGGCUGCCGCUAUUUGAAACAUGCAAAAGAAAGCAAAAAUGUUUUCACUUCAAGAGUGGCCAAUAUUCAGGCGCGAUUGGCACACCUAUCUGUAUCCUUUUUGAAAUCCAUAAACCACCUACAGAUUGAUAUGAUUGAACUCUCAAAAGUAUCGACUAAAAACAUAACAGCCAUCCCUAAUUUUCUCCAUUUCUUAAUUUUGGAAAGAGAAUGGACCAAAAAAAAUACACCCUUACUUCUUGCAGUUAGAUACUUGAAUUGUAAUGUUUUUUUUGACAUCUAUUUUAAAGUCAGGAUUAACAGCAAUACACUAGAGUGGGAGCUAGAAGAAAAGAAGAGAGAAGAAUUUGAUUCAGAUAUUCCCUAUGUGGUUAUAACAGCGUUAGCUGCUAAUGUUAAAAAAAAUAAUACUCCGGAUCAAUUGAAACGAUCCAUUUUACAAGGCCAUAAGCGCAUGCGCCAAUUUUGGCUAUCCUUUAUGUCGCAGCACCCUCAAUAUCCAUUCAAGACUGGUUGCUGCGAAAAAGAGUACAUGAGAACAAAGCUUCCACACGAACUGUCAGAGCUAUAUUUUGUUUCGAAUUCGUUGGAACUUGAUAAGAUUCUGAUUGGUGAUGGAACUACUUUUACACCUAAACACAUAUUUACUGAGUAUCCAAACAUCUUCUUCCAUUUCCAAGAUGAGGUCAAAGGAAAGAAAGGUGCACUCGUUAUUUAG